AUUAAAUUCAUUUCAGAAAGUGACAGUUUAACAAGAUACUGCACUAGAUUUGCCUCUUCACCGAUUCACGAAAACUCGGAAUCGUUAUUAGAAAUAAAAAGCCAAAAUCUCAAAAAUUUUUGGACUCGCCUCCAAGCGGCUCAUGAUGCCAUAGUAGAUUCUGACAAUUCAGAUCUACCACAAAAUUUUAAAACAUCGGCUUACGAUAUUUACGAAAACUGCUUAGACCAAUAUGAAGAAACGAAAGCUAUGAUCUCCGAUCAAUUAAAGCUAAUAAAAGCAAUUGCACCUACUCCCCACAGUAGAGUAGAGCUGCCACAAAUGCAACAAUAUCAAGAGGCAAGUUCAGGCAUCCACCUCGAGGUGCCCGCAUGUGACACAGAAACCUUUUACGGAGGUUAUGAAGAAUGGCCGUCCUUCCGGGACAUGUUCACGGCCGUGUUCAUAAACCAUCCUCAAUUAUCACAUGCGCAAAAAUUGUAUCACCUCAGAUACAAAACUAAAGGUCAAGCAGGCGAAAUAGUCAAACAGUUCGCAUUAAAUGACGACAAUUUCAAUUUGGCUUGGGAAGCUCUAAAAGCUAGAUAUGAAAACGACAGAAUACUGGUCGAUAAGCAAGUAACGACACUAAUGAACUUGCCAAAAGUCAAGAAAGGAACAAGUGUGGAAUUCAUCAAACUAGAAUCCACUGUUUCAAAUUGUUUGUCGAUUCUAUCGACACUAAAUAUUCCCACAGACAGCUGGGACCCAAUUCUGGUAAACAUUUGCACCGCCGCAUUACCAGAAAAGUCGUUACUUCUAUGGGAGCAAUCGCUCUCAUCACGAAAAAAGUGCCCAACGUGGCAACAAAUGAAAGAUUUUCUCACCACCCAAUAUGAAAUUGCGGAAAGGUUAGAAGAAAAAAUAAUCAAAACUAAGAACACUAAACACGACCAAAAUAGAAGCUUCAAUAGACCCCAAGUUAGUAACAAAAACAAUUUAAACAAAAACUUUCACAAAACGCAAUCGUUCACAUCUGAACAACGAAAACAUAUGUCAUGCGAACUAUGCACAAGGGGGCAUAAGCUUAAAACUUGCGAGAAGUUUAAAAAAUUGAAUGUCAAUGAAAGGAACAACUUUGUCAGAUCAAAAAGACUCUGUACAAACUGCUUGUCCCACUCACACAAUCUUAAUCAAUGCAAAAGCAAAUUUAAUUGCUCAUAUUGUCACAAAAGACACAACUCAAUGCUUCAUUAUAGCAGAUUUCCCCUCUCACCCUAUAAAAGUGCUUAUAAAUCAAGAACCACGGAUUUAAUUACAAAAGUAAAUCCCGAAAGCCAAUUUAUUAAAAAUUGCCAAGAGACACCAUGUUGCUCAAAGGCACAAAAAGUUCAAACGCUGCACAGCGAAACACAAAGUGGACUAGUUACCGAACUAGUUACAACCAUACCAACUCAAGUUGAGUACAAUACAAAUAAAUACCUUAAUUCACAAUUAAGGAAAGUUAAAACUAUAAAAGAUCAGUAUUGUGAGCACUUCUCUAAAGCCACAACUACUCGAUCAAAAAAUGGCCGGUACGUCGUACGACCACCACUAGAGCCACAAUUUUCUAAUACUCCACAAAUUGGUAUUAAAAACAAAGUUAAAGUUACUUCUGACAGUCCCUAUAUUAAAAGAACAUACAAAUUUUCGGUCCCGCAGGAUGGCUUUCGCCAGUAAUGAAAAAACAAAAAAUUCUGAACAAAUCCUUCACCGGUGGCGGGCUACUAAAUACCAAAUUAGUGCAUACGCACUUAAACACAAUAUAUAAUAAAAUUGUCCCAAAGGGAUAGAGAAUCGACAUUCUCAUAAAAUAUUGCUUAAUAAGUAGUUCCCUAAAUUCUAAAAUAGAAUAAAUAAAAAAAAAAAUAAUAACUAACAAAAGCAGAGAUCACUCUUAUCGUCCCUACAUAAGCGCUCCUCAUAAGGGGAGUUGGUGAGAAUCUGUUGUAAAGCUUGAACAUCCUACUUGAAAAAUUAUAAUUCUAAUGAAGCCGUUCGCAAUUACCGGCCACUCUCGCAAGAUCCCUCUAUUGUCACAGCCCUAACUCCAGGGCUAAGGAGUACCCAUUCUGGCCAUAUCUGAGCCAGGCGUGGAGUUACUACAUUAGCCGAGAAUAAAUUAAAUGCAAACAAUUGCAGUUCAUACAGAAAGGGCAAAUAAUAAAUAAUCCACUUAAUAAAACGACAAAAAGAAAAAAUCGCAAACACAAAAAGUUGUCAGUAAAAUCUAAUAAACCCGCAAAAUAAAUUGCUUCUCUUAAGCACCUACCCGCAUAUUAAAAUGCACAUUUAAAUACAUGGGUAUGUUUCAAACCAAAAUUCGUUCUCUACACACACGGACAAACAUGAGUAUUACAACUCCAUCAAGAAAUACUUCCGCGCUUCGGCUACUCCACCAGUAGUACGUCGAAAUACAUACCUAUACGUAUACUACUAGGCAAAAUAUUUGCCUAGGGGGCCCAGGAUGUUUAAAUGAGUUAAGCAUCCACCCCCUCUACCCGGUAUAACUGGCGCAUCCUAAUAAAAAAGCGCAAUUCACCACAGAAUGCUACUGCAACGCAAAACCAAUAACUCACCACACCUAUACCAACCCAACCAACAAAAGGAAUGUACAACGGGGAAGCUGACACAUUCGUGUACACACUGCGCCGCGUCGACACCUUCCUACUCACAAUUCGAUCUAUACACAAUCAUCGCACAUAAACAAUUCGCUACCAAGUUUCGCAUAGACACUGCCGCCAGCGUAAAAUCAUCUUCGGCAUUGGAAUCUCGCC